AUGUUCGUUACAACCCCCUCUGCGUUUAACCCUCGGUACACCCCUACAUCCCAUCCCGACGAUCAGGGCUGUCCUCCUAGGCAAGAUAGAGACGCUCUCCUCAAGACGAUCAAAGGUUGGAAGGCAAUGGCGGGCGAGCGUCGCUGGACAGUGCCGGCCUCACUGUUCAUGGCUGCGGCUGCUCCACGCCCGUCUUGCAUGUCCGUCGGCUUGCACCAGCCGAUGGCCAACACCCUUCAUGCGCCCCUCAAGCACGCAUACGUGUCGGGCGACACGAAGGGUCUAGUUCGAGCUCUCGUCCCUCAAGGUUCACCCCCGGAUGUGCUCGAUGUUCCUCCUGUUCCCGCGGUCGCACUUAGGUGGCUAGGUACUCAAGGCAUAGUCGCCCUACUCGAAGCUCACCUGAGCGUGGCCUACCAUGAAGAUCACCCGGUCUCGGAGGCGCUUGACGGUGGAGAGGAUGUCCCAGUCCCCACCGAAGAUCUCCUCGUCGUCCAGGGUCUGCCAGAUGCCGUAGAGGGGCCCAUCGGUCAUGAGGAUGCCCCAGUACUCUCUGAAGAGCCCGUUCUCGUCCAGGACCCGCCAGCUGCAUUGGAAGACGCCAUCGGUGAAGAGGAUGCCCCAGUCCCAACUGAAGGUCCUAUCGUUGUCGUCCAGGAUCUUCCAGCUUCCGUGGAGGAGUCUAUCGGUAGUGAGGAUGUCCCAGUCCCUGCCGAGGAUCCCGUCGCCCCCGAGGAUCCGCCAGUGCUACCGGAGGAGCCAGUCGUCGUCAACCAGCCGGUAUCUCUCGUGGAACAACUCUUCCAGCGUCUUGCUGAUAAAGCGGUCGAAGUCAAGGAGCCGGUCUGUGCCGAGGAUGUUUCAGUUGUCGUACAGGAAUCUGUCGCCGACGAGGAGCAGCCUUCCCCUCUGGAGCGACUUCUCCAGCGGCUUGCCGAGUCGGAAGCCUCAGGUUCAUUCAGUCUUGUCCUCGCUGGAUCGCCUGAUUCUCCUACUCUGGUCUCGUCUUCUUUUGGAUCUGGUUCUGGAUCUUCGUUGGCCAGCACUGUCUGCUCUUCUGGUUGCGAGCUUGCCCAGGUUGACCACAUUGACCGCCUCUUCGCGCCGUUGAUCAAGGAGCGUGAAAAUACUGGCGAGCUCGCCAUCGGCGGAAUGGUUGAUGUGGCCGAGAACAAGGUCAAGAACAAGGGCAAGGGCAGGGCCGAUGAUCGUAUCGUCCAGGAGCGCACAGGUGGUGAUUGCCGUUUCCCCGGCCUUGACAAGAUGGUUAGGGAAGCGGUCGCUGCGAACACCAAGGCUGCUCAGUAUGGCCCGAGGACAUCGACACCUGCUCGUUCUCAUGGUGUCAUCCGCGGUACUGGCUCUGGUGUGCAUGUCCCUUCUGGUGGUUCUUCUGGAUCUCGUAAUCUUGGUGCCCCAUCUGGUGUAUCUGGAUCUCCAUUCGGUUCUUCUGUUAAUAUUGCUGUGCGUACUGCUCCCGCUGCUCGUGUGCCCAUCAAGAAGGUUCUUCAUGAGCUGGGGCCGAACCCGGACGCGUCCGUCCAGGGACAGCAGCUCAUCGCACAGUAUCGCAAGGCCAGCAAGCCGAAGAAGCGCAAGAAACCUUCGGGUGCUCAGUGCCAACAGGAAGAACAGCCCGUCCGCUCUGGUUCAUCUUCCUCUGUCGUCAACAACGUCUCUGCUGCUCAGUCCUUUUCGUCGUCUGAGGUCACGGACAGCGCUGUUGAGAGUGAAGACGAAGACGUAGUCGAUUGGCCCCCCUACUAUGUCUUCGAUCCUUCUCUGAACUGGGAUCACCACCGCCCUCCGCCGUUGUACGAGGCAUGGGUGGUGAACGGCAAGUUGAAGAGAUAUCCGGACCCUGGCGACGGUGGAGAAUGGUAUCCUUUCUGGAGUACACCGCACGAUUUGUGGUGA